GAGGAGCGCGAUUUAAAGGUGCUGGCGGCGCCCGCCGGAGACAAGUGCGCCAGCUUCGCGCGCUCCCCAGCGGCCCGCCGGAGGCUACGGACUGCCGGACGGACAGACGGACGGUCCAGGGCCGCGGAAGCGACGCGCGCAGGCUCCUACCGGCAAGAGGCGGGCAGCGGCUCCAGCGAGCCCGCCGCGGAGCCCGGGCGCCCUCUCCGCUCCGGGGCGCACGACCUCACCCCGCGUACCACCCGCAACCGCUGGGCAUGCAGCGGGCCCAGGACUGAGCGGCGGCGGCGUUUGCUCUCCGGCUAGCGCUCCGCCGCUGCCCGACGGUGCUCCAGGUGCCCGGCGGGCUUCCCGGCGGCGGCGCGGCGCAGGGACUUUUCGGCUCUCGCUGGCCUCUCCCGAGCGCGUCUAUGAGCGCAGCGUUCCCGCCGUCGCUGAUGAUGAUGCAGCGCCCGCUGGGGAGCAGUACCGCCUUCAGCAUAGACUCGCUGAUCGGCAGCCCGCCGCAGCCCAGCCCCGGCCAUUUCGUCUACACCGGCUACCCCAUGUUUAUGCCCUACCGGCCGGUGGUGCUGCCACCCCCGCCGCCGCCUCCGCCCGCGCUGCCCCAGGCCGCGCUGCAGCCCGCGCUGCCUCCCGCGCACCCUCACCACCAGAUCCCCAGCCUGCCCACCGGCUUCUGCUCCAGCUUGGCGCAGGGCAUGGCGCUCACCUCUACGCUCAUGGCCACGCUGCCCGGGGGCUUCUCCGCGUCUCCCCAGCACCAGGAGGCGGCGGCCUCCCGCAAGUUCGCGCCCCAGCCGCUGCCGGGCGGCGGCAACUUCGACAAGGCGGAGGCGCUACAGGCUGACGCGGAGGACGGCAAAGGCUUCCUGGCCAAGGAGGGCUCCCUGCUCGCCUUCUCUGCGGCCGAGGCGGUGCAGGCGUCGCUCGUCGGGGCUGUCAGAGGGCAAGGGAAAGACGAGUCGAAGGCGGAAGACGACCCGAAGGGCAAGGAGGAGAGCUUCUCGCUGGAGAGCGAUCUGGACUACAGCUCGGAUGACAAUCUCCCCGGCCAGGCGGCUCACAAGGAGGAGGACCCGGGCCACGUGCUGGAGGAGCCCCCGCCCAGCGGCAGCGCGGCGGGCAGCACCACGUCCACGGGCAAGAACCGGCGCCGGCGGACUGCCUUCACCAGCGAGCAGCUCCUGGAGCUGGAGAAGGAGUUCCACUGCAAGAAGUACCUGUCGCUGACUGAGCGCUCCCAGAUCGCCCACGCCCUCAAGCUCAGCGAGGUGCAGGUCAAGAUCUGGUUCCAGAACCGCAGGGCCAAGUGGAAACGGGUGAAGGCCGGCAACGCCAACUCCAAGACGGGGGAGCCCUCCCGGAACCCCAAGAUCGUCGUGCCCAUCCCCGUCCACGUCAGCAGGUUCGCGAUUAGAAGUCAGCACCAGCAGCUGGAGCAGGCCCGGCCCUGAGGGCCCAGGGAGGG